AUGUCGGAAGUACCGCACAUCCAGGAUUGCCAGGACAUAUCUCCUAUAUUUGCAACAAGAAUGGUGUCCGCCGGGAAAAGGAGUGGUUGGCUGAUGGGAUGCGGCUCCGUGAUGGUAGUGGUGGGAGCCGUCAUGGUGGUCUUUUGGCCUAGCAUUUUCUUCGCCCAACUGAAAAGCAUGAUGAUCCUAUCAGAAACGUCCACCUCCUUCUCGAUAUGGCGUGAGAUCCCGAUUCCCAUGUACCUGGAGUGCCAUAUGUUCAACAUUACCAAUAUCGACGAGAUCCUCGCCGGCACAGCGAAGACUGUGCAGCUGGAGGAACUGGGCCCUUACGUCUUCAGGGAAUCUCAUACGAAGGUGAAUUUAACAUGGAACAACAACAACACGGUCACAUUCUACAACCAGAGGUAUUGGCACUUCGAGCCGGAUAUGUCCAACGGCUCUCUAUCCGAUUCCAUUACGAGCAUCAAUCCGAUAGUUGCGACAAUCGCUUACUUCAUGCGCCACUCGAAUCCAGUUCUACGAGUGACAGUUGACGUGUUCAUGAAAACGCUCCACAAGAACAUGUUCACCACUGCGCCGGUGUCCGACUGGCUCUUUGACGGCAUAGACGACCCCAUCCUGACGAUAGCCGAGCACUUCCCGGAGCUGCCGAUCACGAUACCCUACGAUAAGUUCGGCUGGUUUUACCAGCGCAACGGGUCAAGGGAGUUCGACGGCAUUUUCGUUAUGAACACCGGCGCGGACGAGUUCUCUCAACUAGGCAACGUGGAGAUGUGGAAGAACUCGAACAGGACACACUACAGGGACGAGUGUGGCGAAGUCCGGGGCUCCACGGGUGAGCUGUGGGCGCCAGAGCUGGGACAGCCGGAGGUUACUAUCUUUGCGCCAGAUAUUUGCACAUACAUGAGUCUAGCGAAGAACGAUUCUAUAACAGUGUUGGGUAUAGAAGGAGUCAUGUACGUCGCCAACGAUUCCAUGUUCGAUAACGGGUACAGGUAUCCCAGAAUGGCGUGUUAUUGCGACGAGGUCCGCGAUGAGAAUUGCCUCGCUGCGGGUGCUUUGAACGUGUCUUCUUGUCGUUUUGGCGCUCCGGCCAUUGUGACGAGGCCUCACUUCCUCUAUAUGGACGACCACUACCCCAGCAAGAUAAGCGGCCUUAAUCCCACAGAGGAUAUGAACUUCCGUCUGGCGCUAGAGAUGUACACGGGGAUGCCUCUAACCGUGUCAGCCCAGUUACAGAUUAAUUUGCUCGUCAGGCAUAUUGGCGGAAUCACAAUCAACAAUAAGCUGCCCGAUCCCGAUACGCUGGUGCCGAUGUUCUGGUUCAGGCAAGAAGUGAACAUGAGCGAAGACUACGCGCGUCUUGCCCGUUUCGCGCUUAACCUACGACAGUACUUGCCCGUUGCUUUCUACGCCGUCACUGUUAUCGGCGUAAUAUUAUUAGUUGUGGGUAUAUGGAUAUUGGUGCAGAAAUUAAUGAGGUCACCCGAUACUACACCGAUUCUGUCGGGAGCAUCACAAGAAGACUUGUCAAACGCUAGUCGGUAG